GAGAGGGUAGGUAAGCUGACCAAGGCUGCACAGCCAGGCACUGGAAGCCAGAGGGUCCGAUUCAAGCCCAAAGACUGCACUUUUAUAAAAACAAAACCAACCACGGAAGAGCAUCAGGGAGAAAGAGUUUGUACCCAGCUGGGAGUGAAAAAGGCCCGCAGAGGAGGGAGGCGCUGUAGGUAAGAAGUGGACGAAACACUUCCUCCCCCUCCGGGGAGCUUAAGUUCUAGUCGGGGAGACACGCAAAAAACACCAUAAUCCCCCAACGAAAUGCGCUUAGGAGCUUCGGGAAGAUCCAGAGUGCGGUUGACACCAGGCCGCCGCAAGACCUACUCGACUCGGGCAACCCCGGGUUCCGCCCAGCGCGAGUUGCUAGGGACUCGCCUCCGCGGCGGCGAGGGACUGUACCGGCUGGCCGAGUCUCGCGAGGAUCUUCGAGGUUUCGCGCGGGACCGCCCAUCGGUUGCCGGGAGACGCUGCGGCCUCCGUCGGGCGGGCGCCUCUGUCUGCAGGUCGCGGCGGGAAUCCACCACGAGAGCUAUGGCGCCCAAGAAGAAAGGGAAGAAAGGGAAAACCAAAGCUACCCCGAUUGUUGACGGGCUUGCUCCGGAGGACAUGAGCAAGGAGCAGGUGGAGGAGCAUGUCAGCCGUGUCCGCGAGGAGCUGGACCGUGAGCGUGAGGAGCGCAACUACUUCCAGUUGGAGCGGGACAAGAUCCAUACCUUCUGGGAGAUCACGCGGAGGCAGCUGGAGGAGAAGAAGGCCGAGCUGCGGAACAAGGACCGGGAAAUGGAGGAGGCUGAGGAGAGGCACCAGGUUGAGAUCAAGGUGUACAAGCAGAAGGUGAAGCACCUGCUGUACGAGCAUCAGAACAACCUGACCGAGAUGAAGGCUGAGGGUGCCGUGGUCAUGAAGCUGGCCCAGAGGGAGCACUGCGCACAGGAGGGUGCACUGCGCAAGGACACGCGGGCGCUGAAGGUGGAGCUCAAGGAGCAGGAGCUGGCCAACGAGGUGGUGGUGAAGAACCUGCGGCUGAAGCACAGCGAGGAGGUCACCAAGAUGCGGAAUGACUUCGAGAGGCAAGUGCGAGAAAUUGAGGCCAAGUAUGAUAAAAAAAUGAAGAUGCUUAGGGAUGAACUUGACCUGAGGAGAAAGACUGAGAUCCACGAGGUGGAGGAGAGAAAGAACGGCCAGAUCAACAUGCUGAUGCAGCGGCAUGAAGAAGCCUUUACGGACAUCAAGAACUACUACAACGACAUCACCCUCAAUAACCUGGCUCUCAUCAACUCCCUCAAGGAGCAGUUGGAGGACAUGCGCAAGAAGGAAGGUCACCUCGAGAGGGAGAUGAUGGAGGUGUCCGCGCAGAACAAGCGCCUGACAGACCCUCUCCAGAAGGCUCGGGAUGACGUGACUGAGAUGCAGAAGAAGCUCGGGAACUAUGAGAGGGACAGACAGACCCUGGUUCGCACAAAAGCACGUUUGAAGGUUGCUGAGAAAGAGCUAAAGGACCUGCAGUGGGAACACGAGGUGCUGGAGCAGCGAUUUCUCAAGGUACAACAGGAGCGAGAUGAGCUGUACAGGAAGUUCACCGCGGCCAUCCUGGAGGUGCAGCAGAAGGUGGGCUUCAAGAACCUGGUUCUGGAGCGGAAGCUGCAGGCGCUGAGCGCUGCUGUGGAGAAGAAAGAGGUGCAGAUUAAUGAGGUGCUGGCGGCCUCCAACCUGGACCCUGCUGCCCUGACCCUUGUGUCCCGCAAGCUGGAGAAUGUUCUAGAAUCAAAGAACAACACUAUCAAGGACUUGCAGUAUGAGUUGGCCCGGGUCUGCAAGGCCCACAGUGACCUGCUGCGCACCUAUGAGGCUAAGCUCCUGGCCUUCGGAAUCCCUCUGGACAACGUGGGCUUCAAGCCUCUGGAGACGGCCGUGAUUGGGCAGACGCUGGGCCAGGGUCCCGCGGGGCUCGUGGGCACCCCAACGUAGUGCCCGCCUGGGACUGCUCCCUGGAUGACACUCCCUUUCACCAAGGACAGGAGCGGUUUGUCUAUUUGUAUCGUCUGCAAAUGAAAUUUUUCUACAUUU